UAUCAUUUUAUGCGUCGAUAUUCAAAGAGCUCCAACGCCCGAGUCCACUCGCUCCUCUCUUUUCGUUUAACUCGCUCGACUCAGCUGAGAUUAACCAAUUAUUACUUCAACCAAAUCAAUUUUGUUUGAUAGAUUGUUUGCGCUCUGAUCCAACCACACAACAAUCACUCAGUUCCAGGUGCAUCUGUAAAUAGUUCAUUCAGUGUUGAACUUUUUCGAAACCAUGAGUUUUGUUUUCAGAGGUAGUAGAGGAGAUAUAGAAACUGGGUUUCCGGGACUUAUUCCUGAACGGCGUGCAGUGCGUGUUCAUGGUACUCGACCAGUCAAUACCAACUCCUUAGCUUUUCUUGUCACAGUGCUUUUGUUGUUUAUGAUUCUGAACUCGCACCAAAUGUCUCCCAAUUUUCUGCUCUGGCUGGUGCUUGGGGUGUUUCUGAUGGCAACCACUUUAAGGAUGUAUGCAACAUGUCAGCAACUUCAAGCCCAGGCACAAGCGCAUGCUGUCGCAGCUAGCGGUCUUCUUGGCCACACAGAAUUAAGACUCCAUAUGCCACCAUCUAUAGCUCUUGCUACCAGGGGAAGGUUGCAAGGUCUCAGACUCCAGCUAGCACUGCUCGACAGGGAAUUUGACGACCUAGAUUAUGAAACUUUGCGAGCACUUGAUUCUGACAAUGUCCCUACCGCUUCUAUGACUGACGAAGAGAUCAAUGCUCUUCCUGUCCACAAGUAUAAGGUUUCCGGCCCACAGGGUGUGAACUCAUCGGCGCAGCAGGGUUCUUCUUCAGCCUCAGUUGAGAAGAAGCAAGAUCUUCCAAAUCCACAAGUGGGAUUAAAGACCUCUGAUGAUGAUCUGACUUGUAGUGUUUGCUUGGAGCAAGUCACUGCCGGAGAGCUCAUUCGCAGCUUGCCAUGCUUGCAUCAGUUCCAUGUCAACUGCAUAGAUCCAUGGCUGAGGCAGCAAGGGACGUGCCCUGUCUGCAAGUAUAGAGCUGGGUCACAAUGGUCGGAGAUCGCUCAAGGAGAAAUCGAUGCUUCGGACAUGGUCUAAGCUACAAACAUAUCAUAUUUGUUAUAACUGAUUUAUACAUACCACCAGUAUAUGUAUAUUUAUAGUAUAUGCAUUAUGUAUUACCUACUGUGAAGUUGAGUCACUCUCCUUCAUGGUGCAUAAGUUGAUUAGGGCUGAUAAAUAGCAAUUUAGAUGUAGUGCUGUAAACAUUGAAUUUGCUAUAUAUUAAAAUAUUGCCUUAUUUAAUA